UCUGAAAGCACACCCACAGACAGACGCCAUGCUGGGGGCUCUAAUGCCCUUGUCUUCUAUGCUGCUGCUGCUGCUGCUGCUGCUGGGGUGUGGACCACGGGUGUCCGCUGGUGGUGGGGCUGGCGGGGCAGCAGGCUAUGCCCCAGUGAAGUAUGUGCAGCCCAUGCAGAAGGGGCCCGUGGGACCGCCCUUCCGUGAGGGCAAGGGCCAGUACCUGGAAAUGCCUCUACCACUGCUGCCGAUGGACCUGAAAGGAGAGCCCGGCCCACCUGGGAAGCCUGGGCCGCGGGGCCCCCCGGGCCCUCCCGGCUUCCCGGGAAAGCCAGGCACUGGAAAACCAGGGCUCCACGGGCAGCCUGGCCCUGCUGGCCCCCCUGGCUUCUCCCGGAUGGGCAAGUCUGGUCCCCCGGGGCUCCCAGGCAAGGUUGGACCACCAGGACAGCCUGGGCUUCGGGGGGAGCCAGGGAUAAGGGGAGACCAGGGCCUCCGGGGACCCCCAGGCCCCCCUGGUCUGCCUGGCCCCUCAGGCAUGACUGUCCCAGGAAAACCAGGUACCCAAGGGGUACCAGGUCCCCCAGGAUUCCAGGGGGAGCCAGGACCCCAGGGGGAGCCUGGACCCCCAGGAGAUCGGGGCCUUAAAGGGGAUAAUGGAGUAGGUCAGCCAGGGCUGCCUGGAGCCCCUGGGCAAGGGGGUGCCCCUGGGCCCCCUGGCCUCCCUGGUCCAGCUGGCUUGGGCAAACCAGGCUUGGAUGGACUCCCUGGGGCCCCCGGAGACAAGGGUGAGUCUGGGAUUCCUGGGGUUCCAGGCCCUAGAGGGGAACCAGGAGCUGUGGGUCCAAAAGGACCCCCUGGGGUAGAUGGUGUGGGGGUUCCAGGGGUAGCAGGGGUGCCAGGGCCACAGGGCCCCACGGGGGCCAAAGGGGAGCCAGGGAUUCGGGGGCCCCCUGGCCUGAUAGGUCCUACUGGUUAUGGUAUGCCGGGAUUACCAGGUCCCAAAGGGGACAGAGGCCCUGCGGGGGUCCCAGGGCUCUUAGGAGACAGGGGUGAGCCAGGGGAAGAUGGGGAGCCAGGGGAGCAAGGCCCACAGGGUCUUGGCGGUCCCCCUGGACUUCCUGGGUCUGCAGGGCUCCCCGGCAGACGUGGGCCUUCAGGGCCUAAGGGUGAUGCAGGACCUGGAGGACCACCAGGAGUGCCUGGCAUUCGGGGUGACCAGGGGCCCAGCGGUCUGGCUGGGAAACCUGGGCUUCCAGGUGAGAGGGGACUUCCUGGGGCCCAUGGGCCUCCCGGACCAACCGGGCCCAAAGGUGAGCCAGGGUUCACAGGCCGCCCCGGAGGACCAGGGGUGGCAGGAGCCCUAGGGCAGAAAGGUGAGCUGGGGCUCCCUGGGCAGCCUGGCCUGAGGGGCCCCUCAGGAAUCCCAGGACUCCAGGGCCCAGCUGGUCCUAUCGGGCCCCAGGGUCUUCCAGGCCUGAAGGGCGAGCCAGGCCUGCCAGGACCCCCGGGAGAGGGGAAAGUAGGGGAACCUGGCACUGCUGGGCCCACAGGGCCCCCUGGAGUCCCAGGUUCCCCAGGACUCACCGGCCCUCCUGGGCCUCCCGGGCCUCCCGGCCCCCCUGGAGCCCCUGGGGCCUUUGAUGAGAUUGGCAUCGCAGGCUUGCACCUGCCCAAUGGCGGGGUCGAGGGUGCUGUGCUGGGCAAGGGGAAGCCACAGUUUGGGUUGGGUGAGCUGUCUGCCCAUAGCACACCAGCCUUUACCGCAGUGCUCACCUCGCCCUUCCCUGCUUCCGGCAUGCCAGUGAAGUUUGACCAGACUCUCUACAACGGCCACAGCGGCUACAACCCGGCCACCGGCAUCUUCACUUGCCCGGUGGGCGGCGUCUACUACUUUGCUUACCAUGUACACGUCAAGGGCACCAACGUGUGGGUGGCUCUGUACAAGAACAACGUGCCAGCCACCUACACCUACGACGAAUACAAGAAGGGCUACCUGGACCAGGCAUCUGGCGGGGCCGUGCUCCAGCUGCAGCCUAACGACCAAGUCUGGGUGCAGAUGCCCUCGGACCAGGCCAAUGGCCUCUACUCCACCAAGUACAUCCACUCUUCCUUUUCGGGAUUCUUGCUCUGCCCCACAUAACCCGUGGGGGCCCUGCUGUCCAGGCCUUCUCCUCUUUAGUGGUAGAGCAACCUUUCAGUUACAAAGACCUCCAUUUAAAGAAAACAGCCAGAGGCUGAACAGAGGCGGCCGUAGCCUUGGCUGGAGGAGACUGACUUGCUUCCCAUGUGCAGGCCGAGAGCUUUACCAGAAGGGGUUGGCCUGAGUUCUUCUCCCCCAGAUGUCUGUGCAGUAAGGGAGUUGAACCCCUGUUCCUGCCCUGCCUGGUCUGCAGGCAGGAACCCAGGUAUUCAGUCCAGUCCCUAUAUAUGUCCUGGCUGCUGCUGGGCCCCGAUAAACUGGCUCAGCCAGAGGGGGCUGAGCUCCCCAUCCAUCCUCCGAGGGAAACAGCCCUUCCUGCUGGCUCCUGGAUGGCACCUACUUAAGGGAUGGAGAUACUUGCUCAAGAAAUGGGGUAUAGGCUCCUUCACAGUCUUAGGAGGCUGGGGCUCUUCUGGCUCCCCAGGAACACCCGUGUAGGACAGUUGGGAAAAGGAGGCAAUGGAGGUGGUGUGGACACCCUGCUGCUAAUGCAACCCCCAGGUGGUGCUGUGACAUCAUCGGGCCUAUCCUGGCUGGGACAAUUUUAUGACCCUCUGCAGGAUCCUGGGAAGGCUUUGGCCACAGACAUGGGGGAAAAGUAGUCUGGGAGAGGUAGGGCAUUGGGCUGGGGGCAGGUCAGUAGCUCUUCCUUCCAUCUCCCAAGCUUCUCCCCAUCCUUGUGCUGGUCCUGUUUAGGAUGAGGGCAGUGAGCAGGCCAGCUAUGUGCUGGAAAGAUCAUACUGAAGUAUCUGCACAGAUCAUGUCAUAGAGCAGGACUGAUGAUCAGACAAGAAUACUCUUCC